GUCGCUGGGACGUCAGUUCAUUCAGAACAGUCGAAGUGUGCAGACCACUGGAAGAGGCCAAACACGGAGCCACCAGUCAGGAGUCGAAGUCGACCUCCGCCAUACCUCCAGCUCCAGAUCCGAGAUUCCUAUUUGGGACACCGUUGUGCGAAGUGCAAAGUGCGAAGUGCCCGUUUGAGCCAUGAAGAUGCCACACCUGACGCUGCACCGGAGCAGUCCUUUGCUCGUCCUGGCACUGAUCCUGUGCCUCAGUCCGCUGAUCCAGGCUGUGCCCGCCUCCGUGCUCGCCCAGGACACGGAGCUUUCCACCAGCGCCAGCCAUAAGCUCCAGCAGCAACAGCAGCUGGAAAAGCAGCAACAGCCGGCAGCAGCGAAACGUUCCGAGGAGGCGAACGUUGUGCCCUCGGCGGACAAGAAGUCGAGUCCGGAAAUUGUGCCCGCUUCCUUCAGCAAUGCUCCCUCGGCCAGGAACAAUCCCAUUCUCCCGAUCUCCAGCCAGCCGCAACAGGUGCCAUCCGGUGUGUACGCCCUGCCCAGCAACGAUGAGAUCCUGGCCGCCGUGGCAGCCGCCGCCCAAAACAGCCAGCAGCAGCUGCAGGAGGAGCCCACCGCUCUGGAGGAGGCGGUGGCCAGCUCCACGAUGCGCAAGCGGGGCGUCAACUACGAGUACAACCCGUACCUGUCGGCGCCCAGCGACUACGGCAGUGAUGUCCCAAAUGGCGUCUGGUCUGAUGACUACGAAGCCGCCGUUCCCGUCAGUUACGGAGAGCGGGAUCUCCAGGAAAUCGAGGACUACGUUCCGGAGCGAAGAGUGAGUGGCUCGAAUGCGCGAAACAAGGCCUACGACAAUCUGCAAAACCUCCUGAAUGCCGAGGCCUAUUUGGAAAGCAUUCCACUUUCGGUUCCACUGGCCUAUGCCAACCGGAACUACAACUUGGAUGACCGGAACAAGCGCGGCAUUUACUAUAAUAUGGGCAGUAAUGGUGGCAAUGGAGCGAGUAGCCUUGGCAGUGAUAGUGGCUAUAACAGCGAAAAUAUUAACCUCAGCAAAUACCGCCGCUUCAAUGAUAUGCGUCUGAAACGUGACACCCAGUUGAAUCCCGCCGACAUGUUGGCCCUGGUUGCCUUGGUGGAGGCAGGAGAACGGGCGCGCAAGGAGGGCGAUGUGGAGAGCUCCGGACCCGUGCCCAUGAUCGCCUCCGAUGACCUGGACUACGUCCCUGCGGGCAGUUGGAUGGAUGUGCCCGUACAGGCGCAACCCACUCUGGUGGACUACUACGGAAUGCCGCUGGAUAACCAAGUGAACCAGGUGAUGCCCAAGUACGAGUACGUGCCGCGACAGCACAAGUACAGUGGAGUGAAUAGCCGCUUUGGUUCCUCGAAACAGCGAUAUAUGGUGGCCAAGAAGAAGCGUUCGAUUAGCCAAAGCCAAUUCAUGAACGAACCCGUGGCCGAACGUGGAUCCAGCUAUAAUGGCGAGAAGUACUUCUAAGGAUCCCAACGCAUCGAUAGUCUCUAGUAUUUAAUGAUAGCCACAGGCCCCACGGAAAGUAUUUCUCGUUUUUUUGAACAUUGAACAUAACAUAAUCCAAGGAAAGAAUCCGCAAAUUUUCAAUUCAAUUAUAGUAAUGAGCUAGUGUCAAGGUCAACUCGUGUGCAAUUUUUGUGUAGAAUUUGAAUUUUAAACCAACUAACAAGAAUUAAAUUAUUGUUAUAUGCAUAUGAACACUAAUAUUGUACGUCAAGAACAUAAUCAAAUCAAUGUUUUCGGAUAUCGGACAGGGUUUAACGACCUUGUCCCACGAAAACUAAUCUUUAGUCUAACCGAAAUGGAACUAAACCGAAUCUAAGCCAAUCUUAAUCCCUGUAAGAAAUCAAUGUCUAUGGCAACUAAAUGUACAAUUACUGAAAUCCAGAGAAACCGCAACUAUCUGUAUCUACUUGUGUAAUACUUAUCGAACUAGAGGCUUCCCGACUAGUACAAAAAAAUGAGAGGAGAACGUUCAAAUAUAUAUAUAUAUAUAUCGGAUAGCAACAAUCGCCAAAAUUCGGCUAGUUAUCAACUUUAAUCGAGCUCAGAAGCGACAAUGGUCCUCUUAACCGCUUUAAUUUAUAUAACCAAAUAUUUUUGAAGACGUAUGAAGCCACCACAUUGCGAACUAAACUUUUAUAUUGACACUCGCCGACUUGGGGACAAACCGAUCUGACAAUUGAUGAGAAUUUUAAUCGUAUAUACUGAAUAUCCGCAGCUAAAUAUAUUGCUAAAAAUAUAUAACUAUAUGUAUACAAUAUGCAAACUAUUUGUCAAAAUUAUAGAAGUGGCUCAGGGCAUAAAUAUUUUAAAUAUUCCAUGCCGACGAUGAAGAGGCGUAUUUUUAAUUUGAAUGAAAUUGUCUGACUGUUUUUGGUAAUAAUCAAAUAUACAUACAUAUAAAAAUUAAUUAUAUUACUUAUACAGAGUAUUUAAAAUGCAUUAAUAGCGUAUAUGUGUGUGUGUAUACAAUACAAUACAAAAUAUAUAUAUAUAUAUGAACACUCAACUAACUAUAAUAUUGUAUAUUUUUCCUUACACUUAUUGGGUCUCUGAAUAUUUGGCCUUUAAUUUACGCCUUAAGUUCUUUGCGCGAGCUUAAUUUGAGAAUACAUUUAUUUACAAGCAACUGAUUUACGAUUAAUAAAAAUACGUUUUUGGUUUGGAAACCAAUGAAAACUUGGACAAA